CCAUAAUUAUGGAUGGGAAUAGAAGAUUUGCCAAAGAAAAAGGAUUACACACUGCUAUAGGACAUUUUAUGGGAUCUAAAACAUUAAUACAGAUAAUAGAAAUAUGUAUUAAGUUAAAUAUAAAAAUUUUAUCCGUCUUUUCAUUUUCUCUACUUAAUUAUAAUAGAAGUCCUGAAGAAAUUCAUUUUUUAUUUUAUUUAAAUUUACUUGUACUUAUUAAUGAGGAUUUCUUUUUUAAAUUUAUAAAAGACAAUAAAAUUAAGAUCAAAAUUAUUGGAAACUUAUCUUAUGUUAAUGAUUCUUACAGGAAAAUUAUUUAUGAUAUAGAAGAAAAAACUAAAAAUUUUAACAAUAUUAGGUUAAAUAUAUUCUUUUCAUAUACAAGUAGAAAUGAAAUGAGUCUUUGUUCAUUUAAUCCAAAUUUAUAUAGGGACACCUACAAAAAUUUAUUACAAGAAAAAAAUAUUUUCUCUGGUACGAAUAUAUUGACUGAUCCAAUUAAAGAAGGAUAUUUUGAUAUUCCCAAACAAGAAGAAGAACUAAAAUAUCCUGAUCAUGAAAAUGAAAAUGAAUUAAAAUUUGAUAGAACAUGUCUUUGCAGGGAAAAAGUAAAAUACAAUGAAGAGCAAUUAGAAAUCAUUAAUUAUCAUAAUAAAUUGCUUACAAGUGAUUUGCCUCCCCCUAAUAUUUUAAUAAGAACAUCAGGUGAACAAAGACUAUCCGAUUUUAUGUUAUAUCAGAUAUCGGAGUUUACCGAAAUUUAUUUUAUUAAUGAAUAUUGGCCGGUAUUUAAUUUCUUACAAUUUAUUUAUAUAAUAUUACAUUAUACCCUUUUUCAAACAACCAAGUGGAUAUUUUCAUACUCGAACCCUUGUCCACACUAA